GUUGAUCAUCCGGCAAUCAAGAGUUAUUUUAUCUAACUGCUGUCCCUAUGAUAUGUUGUACGGUAUUUAACGGCAGGGCACCACAUGCUAUUAGAUCUUGGCAGAUAAAGCCGUGAGUGAAGUGCUAAGUACAUCAUCUUUGAAAAGACACUGCACAUUUCUACAAGAAUUCCUUUUUAUCGCGCUUUGGAAUAUUUAGGUGGAGGAGAAGAGUGCUUACUUGCAAAGCACCGCUCACCCUGCUCAGAUCCAUGCCGAGCUGCACUGCCCGUAAGCAUGGGGAAUAGACAGUCACGGUUAGGUUAGUCUAGACUAAUAAUGCCGGCGGCUUCAACCCCCGCCAUACUGUAACGCAAAGGCUGUAAAUGGUCUCCCAGCAACUGCAACCUUCUCCCAGUAGCAAUCAUGUUUCUCUCUCUUUGAGCUCUUGAGGAUCGGCCAGCAGAAUAUCGUCAUGGAUGCACUGCAUUAUAUCGGAGCUAUAUCAGUAUCAUAUAUCUGCUAUAGGCUCAUUAGCCACAUAUCCUUCUAUUUGCUUCCCAACAUCUCCCUCGAUAGAUGGCGUAAAGUCGACGAGAAGCCAUGGGCGCUUGUCACUGGCUCAUCCGCCGGCAUUGGCUUGGGGACCGCGCAGGAACUCGCCAUCAGAGGUUUCAACAUAGUCCUGCUCGGACACCUGCGCCAUGAACUAGCUGAGGCAGGCGCGCUCAUCCAGGCCGAAAGUCCCAAAUCCGAAGUUCUGUUUGCUGUUAUGGAUGCAACCUCGGCAACUUCAGACGAGAUAGAGAAAGCCGCUAGUGAUAUCUCUACUCUUCCGUUGACAGUUCUCGUCAACAAUGUGGGCGGCUUUCCUAUAAAGGUGCCACAGAUUCGGGACCUGGUGGACUACUCUGGCGAGGAGCUAGACCGAUCGCUGACCAUCAAUGCACGCUUCCUGGCCCAAGUCACGCGCGCCUUUCUCCCACAGCUGUCUCGAAAUGGCCCGUCUCUGAUUAUAAAUGUGAGCUCGGCGGCGCGAAUGGGUAUUCCUGGCAUCGUGCCAUAUUCUGGCUGCAAAGGUUUCAUCAUUUCUUGGAGCAAGGCACUGUCACGAGAAAUGGCAGCUGCUCGUGUACCGGUAGAUAUACUGGCUGUUGUGCCAGGUGAUGUUCAAUCGCAAUCCAACGUCGCGGGGCUGACUCCCGGAACACCCGCGGCAAGAGAGUAUGCGAAGGUCAUGUUGGAUCGAGCGGGACGCGCUGUCAAUAGACAAUGGGUUGAGUGUGUUCCAUUUUGGCCACAUGCCAUUCAGAUCGGAUUUAUUGAAUCACUGCCGCAUUGGUUGUCUCAGAAACUGUUAUUGAAAACCUUUGAGGACAAGAAGAAAGCUUCUGAGUUGCACCGCAAGCAGAAGGUUAUGUAAUUUCCCAAACGAUCAAUGUCAACACUUCAUAGUGGAAAAAUACACCGAAUAGGUUGUCUCUUGUUUCUCGGAGUGGCAGACCUUUCCCGUUCCCCGGAUACCCCGAUUACCGAUCCGAGAUGGGAAAUCGGGGAGAAUUUUUUUAUAAAACCUUUCCAGCUCUAUACGGAUCUAUCCCAGAAGCGAAAAGAAGUUUCUGAGUUCAUGGGCCACAGCUGUAUAAUAUGAUAUGAACCGAUAUUUACUUACUGAAUUAUGCACAUGGCGUAAGUGCUGCGUGUCUCAAGUUUGGCCACACUCACAUUAAUCCUAAUACA